AUGUCACAUGUGGUGAAACAUGCAUCAGGGUUUCUGCUGGUCAGAGACAUGGACUCAAUACCUCUGUCAAAAGGUAAGAAUAUAAAAACUCAACUACCCUCUACCAAGAUGAGCCGACAGGAACUAGAGGACAGUCUCUUUCGACUUCAGGAAGAUCACAUCUUGUUGAAGGAGCUUUUUUGGAAGCAAAAGGAUGAGAUCAAAAGGCUGAGGACGACCUUACUCCGAUUGACCGCCUCUGGUCGAGACCUGCGGCCGGAUGCGGCAGCGGCGCAGUUCUCAAAGCCCACAAGGCGGCGGCGGAAAGCGGAGUGGCGGCAGCGCUUCCCCCGCGCCCCGGUGCACCAGCGCCCUCUGACGCAGAAGUUGCAAGCACAGGUUCAGCGUCUCAGUCUGUCUGCUCCGGGUGGUGGCCAGGCUCGGGUCCACGUGGGACGCAGAAGACUCCAUACCGCUGGUGGGAGGGUGCCGGAGAAAUCUCAAGAGGGGUCAAGAGACAGGCUGAGCUACACAGCCCCUCCCACAUUUAAGGAGCAGGUGACAAAUGAGAAAACCAGAGAUGAAAUAACCAAUGAGCCCAGCAGCGAACUGUCUAAUUCUAACAGAAUAAUUUCUUUCAACAAAGUAAUAAUUAUGGUUAAACUCACUGGUCUAUCCCUGUUUACCAGUGCCCACAUUAUGGCCAACAAUACUAUGCAAGUGGAAGAACCACCCACACCUCCUGAGAAAAUAUGGUCCCAAGAUGAAAAUUUUGAACAGAGAAACUCAUUGGAGUGUGCUCAGAAGGCUGCAGAGCUACGCAAUUCCAUUAAAGAGAAUGUGGAACUGAUUCGACUCAAGAAGCUCUUACAUGAAAGGAACACCUCCCUGGCAGUGACAAAAGCACAAUUAACUGAAGUUCAAGAGGCAUAUGAAACCUUGCUCCAAAAGAAUCAAGGAAUCCUGAGUGCAGCCCAUGAUGCCCUACUCAGCCAAGUGAAUGAGCUCAGAGAAGAACUGAAGGAGGAAAGCAAGAAGGCUGUGAGCUUGAAGAGCCAACUGGAAGAUGUGUCUAUCUUGCAGACAACUCUGAAGGAGUUUCAGGAGAGAGUCGAAGAUUUGGAGAAAGAGCGAGAAUUGCUGAAUGACAAUUAUGACAGACUCUUAGAAAACAUGCUGGACAGCAGUAAUCAGCCGCACUGGAGCAAUGAGCUCAUAGGAGAACAGCUGAGGCAGCAAGUAUCUCAAUUGCAGGAUCAACUGGAUGCUGAGCUGGAGGAGAAGAAAAAGGUCUUAGAUCAGCUGUCCAGUGAGAAAGCUCAAAACAGGGUUCUGAAGCUUGAAGUUACCAACAUCCUUCAGAAUCAUAAACAGGAAGUAGAGAUCCUCCAAAUGACAGCCACAACACCUGAGUCUCCUGAUGAUCAAUCUGAACCCUACACUCACCCAGAUCUGUUCCUAGAGACAGCUCUGGUAGAGCACGGGGAACCAGAAAUACAAGAAGAAAAACAACUGUCCCAGAUGCUAAGUGAAUUGCAAGUAUUGCAUGCAGAGACCACACUAGAACUAGAAAAGACCAGAGACAUGCUCCUUCUGCAGCGAAAAAUCAACAUGUGUUAUCAGGAGGAACUGGAAGCAAUGAUGACAAAAACUGACAGCGAAAGUAAAGAUCACAAAGAAAAGCUGGAGAGGCUGAGUCAGCUCCUAGAUGUCAAGAACAACCGUAUCAGGCAGCUGGAAGGUAUUUUGAGAAGCCAUGGCCUUCCAAUAUCUGAACAACUCAAAGAUGUUGCUUAUGGCACUCGACAGUUGUCUUUGUGUCUGGAAUCACGGUCAGCCCAUGGAACGGCGGAUGAAGUGGACAUUUCUUUGCUGCAUUGGAGUGAAAAUAUUUUUGAACUGCAUAUCCACCAGGCCUUCUUGACACCUGCUGCUCUGACCCAGGCUGGAGACAUCCAACCUACCACUUUCUGCACCUAUUCCUUCUAUGAUUUUGAAACCCACAGUACCCCAUUAUCUGUGGGGCCACAGCCCCUUUAUGACUUUACAUCCCAGUAUGUGGUGGACAUAGGUUCCCUUUUCUUGCACUACCUUCAAGUGGCUUCAGCCCGGGUUGAUCUACAUCAGGCUGUGGGCAGUGAGCACCAUACUCUUGCGACUGGACAGAUUUGCUUUGACAAAGUGCUGGAGACUGUGGAGAAAGUCCAUGGCUCAGCUGUACUUACUGGAGCUGCUGGAGAAGACUGCGGGGUGCUAGAGUACUGGAUGAGGCUACGCUUGCCUCUAAGAUCCAACCUAUGGGCAUGCAAUAAACAAAAGAAAGCCCAGGCCUACCUGUCAGCCAAUGUGCUUGAUGCCUGGAAGGCUCAGGAGGAUGAGUCCAGAUCAGAAGCCUGGAAACAUCAGAAUGAGCUGCGGAUCGAAAUCACCAGGUGCCGUGGUCUCCGGAGUCGAAGGCUGGGAACUCAACCCAGUCCCUAUGCCAUGUACCGCUUCUUCACCUUUUCUGACCAUGACACUGCCAUCAUUCCAGCCAGUAAUGAUCCCUACUUUGGAGACCAGGCUCGAUUCCCAGUGCUUGUGACCUCUGACCUGGAUGAGUAUCUGAGGCGGGAGGCCCUGUCCAUAUAUGUUUUCGAUGAUGAAGACUCAGAGCCUGGCUCCUACCUUGGCAGAGUCCAAGUACCCUUGCUGUCUCUUGCACAGAACAAAUCUAUUAAAGGUGAUUUUAACCUCACUGACCCUACAGAGAAACCAAAUGGUUCUGUUCAAGUACAACUGGAUUGGAAGGCUUGCUAUAUACCACCUGAGAACUUCCUGAAACCAGAAGCUCAGACUGAGGAAAAUGACACCAAGGAAAGUCUAGAGAUAUUAUUUUCAGAGGAAAAGGCUUAUUUUCCUCCCCAGGACCAGAUAGCAUUUUCUGAGAUUCCCAUUGAAGCUGACCAGUAUCAAGCAAAGAGAAAACUUCCUCAGAUGGGAGAAAAAAAAGAAAAGGAACACCAGGUUGCAAGCUACUCAAGAAGAAAACAUGGAAAAAAAAUAGUUGUCCAAGGAAAGAAUAGAAUGGAGUAUCUUAGUCGUAACGUCUUAAAUGGAAAUACACUACAACAGGUGAACUAUACCGAGUGGAAAUUCUCAGGGCUUAACAUAGAUGAUGGUCUUAAAACUCAGACCAAUGAAAAGGAAAUGACAUUAUCACAGUCAGCACUGAAAGAAGAGGAACCCCCACAUCCUAUAAAUGAUCAAGAAUUCUGUGAACAAGCUUCUGAAGCCAGUGAAGCACAAACUACAGACAGUGAUGACAUCAUAGUGACACCCAUAUCUCAGAAAUGUCCUAAGACAGAUUCAGAGAAGAUGUGCAUUGAAAUAGUCUCCCUGACCUUCUAUCCAGAGGCUGAAGUGAUGUCUGAUGAGAAUAUAAAGCAGGUGUAUGUGGAGUAUAGAUUCUACGAUCUACCCUUGUCUGAGACAGAGACUCCAGUAUCCCUGAGGAAACCGAGGAAAGGAGAAGAAAUCCACUUCCACUUUAGCAAGGUGAUAGACCUGGACCCACUGGAGCAACAAGGCCGAAGGCAAUUUCUGUUUGCCAUGUUGAAUGCUCAAAAUCCUGAGCAAGGACAUUUAAAGUUUACAGUGGUGGGUGAUCCUAUGGAUGAAGAAAAGAAAGAAUGUGAAGAAGUAGGAUAUGCAUACCUUGGACUAUGGCAGAUCCUUGAAUCAGGAAGAGAUAUUCUAGAACAAGAAUUAGAUAUUUUUAGCCCUGAAGACCAGGCAAUUCCAAUAGGAAGACUGAAAGUUUCUCUUCAAGCAGCUGCUGCCCUCCACGGUAUUUACAAGGAGAUGACUGAAGAUUUGUUUUCAUGAAGGAACAAUGCUUUUCCAUUCUAAAAUCCAAGGGAACAAUAGUAAAAAUCUCUUAUAAAGUAACUUGCU